AUGUUUGUUGCGUUGUUUCAUGGAGUUCCUACUCUUGUCGACGAAUCCGACGAUGACGAAGCUGUGGAGCGAAAUGCGUUUCGAAUCGGAUCAGAAGAGUAUCUUCCGGAGGAUUUGCUAGUGGACAUACUCUCAAAGGUUCCACUGGCAUCACUAGCAAGAUUCCGAUCAGUAUCCAAAAGAUGGAAAGCUCUGAUCAAUUAUUUGAGAUUCAAGAAGUCGUCGAUUGAUUCUAGGGUUUAUCUAGUGAGCAUUAAUUUACUUGGAGCUCAAGACAACGUUGCAAACAUAACAAGUCAGUUUAGCCUCAAAUAUCCUCUUUCAAAUUCUUCCAAAGAAGUCAAUAUUUGUGAGGUUUUUCACUGCCAUGGCUUGUUGUUAUGCACCACCGAAGACAAUAGACUAAUGGUUUGGAACCCAUGCUUAGAUGAAACCACUUGGAUCAAACCAAGAAGUUACUACGAGAGAUCUGAUAUCUUUGCUCUCGGUAAAUCCUCAUGCAACAAGUUCAAAAUCUUGAGGAUUGCUCUUCUACAUGGUCCUGGACCUGCCUUUGAGUUUAUGAAGCCACGCCUAUAUGAGAUCUAUGACUUUACCUCUAACUCAUGGAGGGUUGUUAAUGAGGCUAGAGACUGGUCCAUUCUAGGGUUAGGGCGUCGCGGCACGUGUGUGGAUGGAAAUGCUUACUGGCUUUCUUUUAGUUAUACUAGUCAACAGCCGCGGAUGGACAUCAUACUAAAAUUCGAUUUUUCAACAGAGAGAUUUACAAGUAUGUCUCCUCCCGUUGAUGUUCUUUCUUGCAAUGUUUUUGCUUUGUCUGUGACUAGAGAAGAGCACAAACUUUGUAUGCUAGCUUCGGUUGCCGACGAUGUAGAUGUAUGGAUGGCAACCAAGAUUGAUGGUGCUGGAGCCAUGUCAUGGAGCAAGUUCCUAACAGUGAAACGAGUCUAUAACAACCAAUGGAUGUUCUUAACUGGGAUGAAUUUCCUGGUCGACGAGGAGAAUAGAGUAAUAGUCUGUCCUGGUAAAUCUUUGGACUCUGACAGAUUCUUACACAUUGUGGGAGAGGAUAAAUGCAUACAGGUGGACAAGCAUGAUGCAGGAUCUAGAUGCUCACUUCUCCUCAGCUAUGUUCCGACUCUGGUCCCUGCUUCAGAUCCAACUGGUUCUUUGGGGCCAAUGAACAUGGGACAAGACUAUAGCUACACUCAGCCUUCAUCAGAGGAGUUCGACAUCAACUCUUUACUUGAAGCAGAAGCUGCUCUCUACGGGGAUGAAGCUCAGAGUAGCUACAUAAUUGCAGAGGCGGAUCAGUACCCACCAGAACCUGAGGCUGAUGAAGGAAUACCGAGGACAUGCUAUUGCGGUAGUGAGGUUGUUGUUGAAACCUCGUACAAUCGUAAAGAUCCAGGAAGGAGGUACUUCUCCUGCAACAACGUUGACGAUGGAGACUCCCACAUCUGGAAAUGGUGGGAUGUGGCGAUUCAAGAAGAGCUUCGUGAAACGCAGACACAACUUAGGAUGGUCAAGGAUCAAUUCUUUGAGAGUGACCAGAAGGUGGCUAAGCUUGAGACCAGAAGGAAGAGCUUCGGAGGUUUUAAACAUCAGUGUCAGAACUCGAGGUGGGGUUGGCAGAUUUGA